CACACGUGGGUUUAAUAAGGGUAUAUAAGUAUCUUUGCAUCACAUGAAACUCAAACAGCAGGAAUCAUGGAGGCACGACUGGGAGUUUUCCUUUUGUUGCUUGUGACAGUCCUACUUGCAGUAGUUGAAUCAGGAUAUAUUGGUUGUUAUCAGGAUGAUCGCACUAGAAUAUUGCCUAAAGCAGUACUGAAAGACAAAGGUAUGACAGUUAAAAAAUGUCAACAGUUUUGUGGUAAAAAAGGAUUCAAGUUUGCAGGUGUUGAGUAUGGAUACGAAUGCUUUUGUGGGAAUGUUUUACGAAAAUGCAGAAAAAGAAAAGAAAGUGAUUGUAAAACGCCAUGCUCAGGCAAUAAACGUCAGACAUGUGGUGGUCCAUGGAGGAUCUCUAUUUAUACAGGCAAACCAAGUAAUUGCAAGGGGAAAUGUCACAAAAAUGGUAUAUGCAAACAAGGAAGAUGUAGAUGUAAAAGAGGAUACACAGGAGAUGGCAUUACCACUUGUUCCAUUUGUCCAUUAGGGUGGAAAUCAUAUGGAUUCAGCUGUUACUUCUUUAGUCAGACAACGGCAACCUGGAAUAACGCCAAGAAGAAAUGCAUAACGAAAAAUAGUAUGCUCGCAGAAGUAGUGUCAUAUGGGGAAAGAGAUUUCUUAAGGAAACAGGCAUCGGAAUAUGCAGAAACUUUCUGGAUUGGCGGAACAGAUAGUAAGCAUGAAGGAAGUUGGAUCUGGGCGACCAGUCAAAGUAAUUUUAUUGUGACUGGAUGGCAUACCCGACUUGUAAAAGAACCGAAUAACCAAGGUGGAAACGAGCAUUGCAUCAAUAUACACAAAAAACUAGAUUUUGAAUGGAAUGAUGAUAGAUGCUGGAAUAGAUACAGAUACAUUUGUGAAAAACUGUUGGUUUAAACAGGACAGCAACAAAGGCAUAUAACUGAACGAAGCACUUUAGCAAAUGUUUAAAUACAUAAUUUAAAAAAAUGAUUUCGUCACGUAAAAUAAAACUGAAAACUAAAAAUUCUUAAAUA